CCAGCAAUCACUUGAUCGAAUUCAUUCAUCCAACAUCACCACUAUACCAUACAUACCCAAAUAAUCUCACUUUUGUUGAAUUGAAGUUACUGUAUCCUUAUCCCGUUCUACGCAUAUAAAUCGCCAGGAUGGUCUUCCGCUUCGCCAAAACCCUCGACCCCAUAACCCUCUUCCACACCCCCAGCCUACCAAGCAGCAAAACCGCGCACCGCACGCUGACCCACGCCCUGACACUAUCCCAAUCUGCCAACGCGCCGGCCUCCUCCCGCGGCGAAUUCCAGCUCGAGGUGACCACCGCCCCGCCGACUACCGAUCAGCUACGCAAUAUCCUCGACUAUGUGACGGGUAACCCUGCCGGGGCGGGGACGUUGGACCGCGGCGCCAGAUACAGUGUCGCGGAGGUGGUGAGGGGGCCAAGGAUGUGGAGGAUGCGGAGGACGGUCGAUUGGACGAGUGGACAGGCUGUGGUGGGCGAUAAUGAGUCGGAGAUCUUGAAGAUGGUGCAGCAGAUUAACCAGAACUAGAGACUGAGACUGUCUUUGGUGACUGGGUUGGGUUGGGGAGAUGGG